AAAUGUAGCUGGAAAGUCCAGUCUUACUUAAAUUUGCUAUUAAAAUGUGAUCGUGUUGUAAUAAUUGGGUUUCUUUCAUCAAAUUAAUACUCGUGUUUGAUCAACAAAAUGGCGAGUGCGGCUGACAGUGACAGGAGAAAAGUUGUGGUGAAGAAUAUUAGUGUUACUUGUUCUGAAUUCACGCUGCAAAACUUCUUGGAGAUUGUGUUUGAUAAUGAAGUUGAAAGUUUUGAAUAUUUUGAAAACAACAAAGAAACAGCGCUAGUGUCUUUCACAGAAGAUGUUCAAGACUUUGAUAUUUGCUGCCAGAAAGACAAAGUGAAGAAGCCUAUUGAAGGUAGUCGAGUGGAACUGAUACAAGUUGUUCCGUCUGAUAGCAUCCUCGUUGAAAACCUGUUGCCUGAUAUCACUGAAGAUGCGUUGACUUUCUAUUUUGAAAAUAAGAAGUCAGGAGGAAAAAGUGAUGCAGUGGUCAGCCUAAAAAUAUACAAAACUCUCAAAAUGGCUGUAGUCAACUUUGUUGAUGUUCAAGUUGCUGCCUCGGUUCUCAGUGUGAAAUCCCACGCACCCAGUAAAGACCACGUGGUCACUGUGAAGCCAUACAUUGAGGCAUUGCAUCAGGAUACCCUGGAAAAACUUUCACAGAAGGCUGAAGAAGAAAAGAGUGCACAAAAUGUUCAACACAUUUCCCCAACAAACCAAGCAAAGAAAAACAUUCAGCAAAAUGCAUCAGCCAAUUCAGUCAAAUCACCUCCAGUAGUACCUUCAAAACCAGUAGUAAGUGCAAGUUCAUGGAAAAGUAGGUCUCCAGAGCCAGAAUUGAUGUCUUUAUCUGAGUCAAACACAAGUAGCUGUAAUUCAUCUGGGGAGUUUGUCGAUGCUCUAAUGACACAAGGCACAUGGCAACCCAAAAAUGAAGACUGUAAUAUUAGAGACGCAUCAAUGUUUCAAGAAAGUCAUACUUUUGAAACAUCUGAAGUUCAGAAAUCUUCAGUUCCGUAUGAAACUCCUUUGGCUUCACUUUCUAAACAAAAUAUAUAUGACAAGCAAAUUCAAGUUGACAAAGCUAGGAAAGAAAGAGAGGAGAUAGCAAAUGAGAUGGAAAGAAAAGCAGAAGAAAGGAUAAUUGCAGAUUCUAGGAGAGAAACUGAAAAACGAGCAAAACCCUCAGAGAAGGUUGUGCACUACAAACGUCAUGAAGUAAAAUUGAUACAGAAGGUCAUGUCAGAUAUGGGAUUUCCAGAUGGCACAGUGGAGUUUAAUGCCAACAAAGGAAUUAUUACUAUCAAAGGACAGGAUGAUGAAAUAUGUGAUGCAUAUGUUGUCAUAAUGGAAACUAAAAAUCAGAUUGAAGAUGUGUCAAUACCCCUCCUAACUACAAUUGUAAAGAUUCUGAAGACGGAUGCUGGAAGAGCUUACAUGAAGACUGCAGUAAUGUCUAAAGACGUUGAGUACACUGUGACAGACACGGAGUUCAAGUGUGCGGCUCUGUCCAUCAAUAAGGUGCAAGAUGUUGUCCAAGGUCUUAAACGCCAGAUACAGCAGGACUACAUCAACUUUGGUCAAGAACAUAACCAUUAUUUGAGCAGUCCAGCUUGGAUGAGCAAAAAGGAGUUGUUGGAGAAGGAAUUUAAGCUGAUGAGAAUUACCUGUGAUGGCAAGAAAAUUCGGAUUGAUGGGCUCAAUGGAGAUGUCAAUAUGGCCAAGCGGGAAGUUGAGCAAGAACUUAAGAAAAAUUCUCACAGGUCAGAAACUUUCAAAGUGACUAAAGCAAAGGCCCGAUGUUUUGAGAAGACCUGUCAAAAGGAGAUAGCUGAUUUGAAAGUUAUCAUCAGCAAAUACAAUGGCAAUUUCAAAGAAUCCAGUCAUGGUGAUACCUACACAAUCAACUUUAGCGGGGAGUUUGAAGCAGUUUCAAAAGUUUCCAGGUCUUUGGACACUAUGGUGAAAUCCAUUUGGCAUGAGGCAGUCGUAUUGGUUAAAGAUGUAGCAAAAGACAAAGAUUUGGAACUGUUGAUCAGAGGACUUGUGCAGACAAAUCUGAAAACAUUUCAGGCUGCGUUUGAGGCUCAACAUUCCUGUUUCCUCGACUUCACCAUUCCAACAGUGCCCAGUUCGGCAGUUUCCAGUAUGUCUGCUGCAAGAGAACCAUCAAGCAUUGCACAUUCGCAGUCCAUGCCGGCUUUUACAUGUCAAAGCCUGCCAGAAGAAAUAGAUUUAUUUGACCGUCCACAAAGACGAGUAUUUGAUGAAAGAGAAUCAUUCAGCAAACGGUUUGGUGAAAGACCGCAACGCAGUUCUUCAUUAGCCAGUUCCAUUACAGUACCACCAACCAACUGCAAAAUAACUGUCAGCAAUGGAGACAUUACUAAGCAGAAGGCUGACAUCCUUGUGAAUGUUGUUCCUUCGAAUCUCGAUCUGGCAAGUACCAAGGUGUCUCAGGCUUACCAGAAAGCUGGAGGACCUGCUUUUGUUAAGUCUUAUGAUGGUGCAAAAGUGCUCUCCCAAGCAGGUGUGAUUACAGCGACAGUUGUGGGAAAUCUGAGUUGUUCACUUGUGUUUAACAUCAUCCUGGACCAGUGGGAUUCUAACAACCCAAAUGAUUCAAAACAAAAACUGAAGAAAGCAAUAGAUGACUGUUUUUCUCUGGCUCAUGCAAACAAAGCAACAAGCAUUGCUUUCCCACCAGUAGGAUGUGGUAUUCUGUUCAAAUUUCCUUCCAAGUUUGUGGCAGCAUCUUUUAUAUCAGCAGCAAAAGCAGCAGCAAACAAAGGACAGCUACAAGAAAUCAGUUUCUUUAUCUUUGACAAAUCAGUGCACCACCAAUUUUUGACAGCAAUGAACCCAUCUCAACAUGAAGACACAAGUUCAUAUAGCCGGGGCUAUGGAAUGUAUUUCGAGGAAGAUGAAGAGGAAAGGGGUACAAGUGUUUUAAAUAUUGGAUCAACAACUAUUCAAGUAAAGCAAGGGGAUCUUGCCAAGUAUAAGGCUACAGUUCUGGUGAAUGUGAUUACAAGUGAAUUUGACAUGAGGCGCACAGCAGUGUCCCAGGCAUUUGUUCAUUGUGGAGGAGGAGGUCUUUUAAAGGCAUUUGAAAAAGAAACAUCGGCCAAUCCACAGAAGAGGAUCUUUGUGACGUUUGGCUAUGAUUUAAACUGUGAAUAUGUCUAUCACAUUGUGCUUAACAAAUACGACCAUUCAAACUCUGCUGCAUCCAGACAGGAACUGAUAGAUAUCAUUGAUGAGUGUUUCACCCUUGCUAAGAAAUACAAGACCAAGUCGAUUGCCUUUCCAGCCGUUGGUUGUGGAGCGCUGUUCAAGUACUCCUCAUCAUUUGUGGCAUCCAGCCUUGUGGCUACAGCAAAACAAGCAGCCGCUGCUUCCAACAGUCUAAAGGAAGUGGCAUUUGUGAUUUAUGAUCAGCACAUCUACAACGAUUUUGUCAAGGAGUUAUCUUCCAUGACAUCAAGUGCAUAUGAAUCAGAAGCUGUACGUUCAUUUCCUCGAGCAUCACAGAGAAAUCGAAAACCAUCCGAAGAAGUCAAAACAGCAAAAAUAACAGUUGUGGCCAAGACACAAGAUGUAUGUGUGAGUGCAAAAAAAGUGUUGAUUAAAGAACUGCAGUCAAGAUUUCUACAUACCGAGUUUGUCCAGAAUGAGGGAAUCACAAAAUUACCAUACACAGCACUCAAAGAACUCGAGACUCUGGCCGAGAAGAAAGGAAUAUUUAUAAAGUUCCCAGACUCAGGGAAGACCCAGGUGCACAAGAAGUCUGGCUUGAAAUUGAAAGGGGAAAAGGAAACAGUGAUAACUGUCAAAUCAAGAGUUCAGGAGAUACUACUAACGGAAAUGUCAAAAACUAAAAAACAAACUUUUCGACGUAAGAAGCGAGGUGAUCCUGACUUUAUUCAGGAUAUGGCAACAACAUCAGAUCAUCGCACCCCAACGUACUGGACAUAUUUCAAAUCAGAAAAAUCAUUUGGAGAUAUUCUUAAAGGUGUGUUUAGCAGCACUAAAAAGGCCUGGAGUCUACAAAGUGUACCAGCAGGAUCAGAUAUCUAUAAAUCUAUUAGUGAUCUGAUUGUUAAAACAUGGAAAACUCACUUUGUUGGUCAUGGACAGGAUGCCAAAGGAAUCCUUGCAGGAUCUAGUGUACAGUUGGUCAAAGUCGAGAGACUUGAGAAUCUGGAACUUUUCCGAGGAUAUUGUCAACACCGAGCAAAACUUUUUGUAAAAGCUGCAAAGAAACCCAUAACACCCAUCAAGAGUCUACCCAAGUCUAAAGGUGAGGUGGAAACAACUGCCAUGGCUGCCAAACAUUUGAGACAAGACAUCUAUGUGAAGGAGAUUAACGAACAUUAUGUCUUCCAUGGUACAAGAGCUGAUAAUAUCAAUGCCAUCUGUGAAAAGGGUUUAGACAGUCGAGUGGGAAAUACCAAUGGAAUGUUUGGCCCUGGUGUCUAUGCUGCAGAGAGUUCCACCAAGGCAGAUCAGUAUGCAGAUGACAAGUCCCAGAGAACACCUAAAGGAACAAACUUAUGUAUGAUUUUAGCACGUAUGGCACUUGGAGAACCAUUUGUGACCAGCAACCCAAAUUCCCCAAAAUUUCGACAGCCACCAUGUAAACAUACAGGCUGUAACACAGAUGGCUGCAAAAAACACACAGAAACAUAUGAUUCGGUGCUGGGCGAUGGGAAAUGGAACUUCAGAGAAUUUGUUGUCUAUGAGCGUGAUUUGAUCUACCCUGAAUACAUCAUAACAUACCAGCGGGUGUAAUGCAGUAAGAAGACCAUAGAACACAUGCCACCACAAAUUGUGGUGAAGUACUGCAUGUUACGGUAUUAUGUCAAACAGCCAUGAGAAUGUUAAACAGAUGUUUAUGGUGAAAUUAGACAUCACAGAGCCUUUAUUGUGAUUUUGUUCAUUAUGCGCUGAAGGUAUGAUGCUGGUUGCUCGCUGCAUAUAUUAACGGGGAACAUUUUGUUCAGUCAGUAUCGUGUCGUGAUUCACUACGCAAGUUUCAGAGAUCGCUACACCAUUUUAAAACAUUAAACAGAAGUUGCUAAUCCAUUUUCAGUUGACUAGAGAUGUCACUAAUGAAACUUUUGAAAACAAAAUGUUCCCUGCCUAUAAGUAACUUUUACAGACAAACCAGUUUUAAACAGCCACCUCAGGGAGUAUUGAAGAAGGAACGUGUAAUUCAUAGUUAUAACUUGUUAUUAAUUAGUUGCUUUGGGAAAACAAGGCAACUUCAUAAAACAGGUGGCUGUUUACUACAAGUCAUUGUAUAUUAUAUAAGAUGAUAUAGGAGAAGAAAGAAAGAAAGAAAUGUUUUAUUUAACGACGCACUCAACACAUUGUAUUUAUGGUUAUAUGGCGUCAGACAUAUGGUUAAGGACCACACAGAUAUUGAGAGAGGAAACCAGCUGUCGCCACUUCAUGGGCUACUCUUUUCGAUUAGCAGCAAGGGAUCUUUUAUAUAGGAGAAGAAGACAGCAUCUUAAGUUAGAUCAAGCAACAUCUUUUAUUAGAUGAUUCUGGCCUCUAAAGACAGGUCAUUAUAGAUAGAUAUAUAUAUAUAUAUAUAUAUUAAAUAAUUAUGGAUUGUUAGGUGGACCCAGUCUGUCCCAUUCUUUAAAAACUAAUAUGAUUUUGUAAACCCGCCCAAUCUUUCUUCUCAUCUUCACGAUUGGUUGGGUCUAGAAAACUAGAUUUGUUUUAAAAAUGAUGAAACAGGUUGGGUCUAGAAAAAAUAUUUCAAAACUAUGUAACAUGCUUUAAAGGAGUAAUAUUAUAAAAAAAUAAGUGUUGGAAAGAUGUCUAUCCAGAGAUCUUAUAUCAAUAUAUACAUUUAAAAAUUGAAAAAGAGCAUUACCAGAACCGAUAAACAAAAUCACAAUUAUUUCUACUUUAUGGAUGUGGCCAUAUUUAUAAUAAUAAUAAUAAAAUCUUUAUUUAUAGAAGGUAACUCAGUUAGACUAUUCUUCCCUGAGGCCUUCUUACUAAUUAUAACAAUAAUAAUAACAGUAAUCAUAUUAAUUAUUAAAAAUAAAAACUAACAAAACCAUACAUGUAUAUAUACAACCAUAAAAGAUAUUGAGACAUAAUUAUAUUAUAUUAUAUUAAUUUCUAACAAGUGUUUGUAACAAUUUUUCUUAAAUAUAUUUAAACUAGUACAUUUUUUAACAUCAUUAGGUAAACUCUUCCAGAUACCAACUCCAGAAAAUAGAAAGCUUUUCUUGUAGUGCUCUAUUUUUGAUCGGGGAGCUAACAUAUUUCCAUCAUCAGUGGAGUGAAGUUCAUAAAUUGAUGAUAAUUUAUGAAAUGAAUUAUCUCCCCAUGACCGGGUGUGACAUGACUACCAGAAUACGAUUACAUAUCGAGAACCACAUCAAAGCCAGUAACAGAAAUAGAUUGCGAGACAGAUUUCACCUGUGACAGCAAUUGUGGUGAAUCUGCUGUAAAAACCCUGUUUAUGGGCAAUAUAUACAUGUACAUUGCAGGCAUUUCGAUUUGAGUCUGUAUUCACAAGUGAUGAAUUAGAAGCUAGGAAAAUCCUAGUAGGUAAAGAUGAGGCAAUCAAUGUUCAUGUUUAUGACUGAAAUCAAGUGUGUUUGUUGGGAGGAAAAACAUGCAACACCAACCCAAAAUGACCAUGUUUGAUCGGCUGUCUCCGAAACUAAUGCACCUCCAGCUCGCUUGGUGGUGUUCGUGGUUAAAGGUUGCAUCUACUACAUAGCAAAACUGUCAGUAUUUUGCAGUUAUUUAAUUAAAUAUGCAAUCCUUUUUCAUUGUCACAGCAACAUCAUGUUAAAUCGAUGAACAUUCAAAGUGGUUUAAAAGACAUAGUUUAAAAACAAAACUAAAUUUAUAUGCAUACUUUAACAAUACAUAACUGAAUUUAUUUUGUUUAACUUUAAAUAUGCUUGUAGUAUUGUUUGUGUAAACUAUAUUGAUACUGUACUUAUGUCACAUAAGAAUGCAAACUUUCAUUCAUUAUUAAUUGAAUCAGGUGAUUUUUUUGUAAAUGACGUAGUUUUAAAAAGUUACGCCAUUUCCUCUAGCUGCUGUGCAUUUUUACGGAUCAU